UCGACCGUGGGCCGCCAGUCCGUCACCAUGACAGGUUUCGUGGUGACGCGGGCCAAUAUCCGCAUCUGGAUCCACGACCGCGACAUGGGCCGGCUGCAGCAGAUGCUGUGGGAGGGCCACGGCGACAAGCUGCGGGUCGAGACCAGCAACAACCCGCGCGUGCGCCGGCUGCUCGUCGGCGUGCCCUACAUCAUGGGUACCAUCCGGGACGUGCACAUGGGCGCGGUGACAAACGACCUGGCCCUCUUCCAGAUGCGCAGCGCCGACCCGGUCCCCGUGCAAAUCCUCGCCAGCAAGGACCAGAACGGCCUCACGCCGCUGCACAAGGCGGCGGGCCUGGGCCACGAGCGCAUCGUGGACGACGUGCUGGAGCGGCUGCCCACGGCGGUCAGCAGCGCCGACCACGAGGGCCGGCAGCCGCUGCACUACGCUGCCGCGCUGCGCGACGGCGGCGCCAUGUACGGCCGACUCGUCGCCGCCGGCGCCGACGAGCAGGCGCUCGACAACCGCGGCCGCCCCGCUGCGUGGUACCGGGCGCACCCCGGCGAGCUGGACGCCAAGCUGCUGUCUGUCAUCCCGGAGGCUCCGAGGACUGCGUCCGUGGUGCCGCCCGGCUGGGACUGGCGCAUCGCGGGGGGCGGCGCGGGGGCGGCGGCGGGCGUGGCGGCGGCGGUCGCGGCUUCAGAGGCGCCCACCGCACCAGCCUCGCAGGUCACCACACCCGUCUCGCCCAAGAGCAAAGACGGCGAUACAGAGCCGUCGGAGGAAGUGGCAUCGGAAGAACAGGUGAAGGCACCAGAAAUUAAGAAAGCAGCAGAGGGGCAGACGCCGGAAGAUGAGGUGGACGAAGGCGUAGGCGAAGAAGGCGACAAUGGAGAUGACGAAAGUGGUAGUGGGGGCAGAGACAGCGCACAGGCGGAACAAGAGGAGGAGCAGCAGAAGGGAGAGAUGGAAAAGGAAGCGGCCGAGGAGAGCUCUGGCAUAGGAGAGGGGGAACUGACAACCGAACCGGAAAGCACUCCGAAUGAAACUGUGGGAAUGGACAAUGGAGAAGAGGGAGAGAAAGGAGAAGAGAAUGAGGGACCGACGAUUAGUAACGAGGAAAAAGGGGGAGACGGUGUCGACGAAGAGACUGGAGAAGGCACAGACAGAGAUGCAAGCAACGAGGAGAACAGGGAUGAGACGGAAACGGAAGAGGACGGGCAGAAGAGAGAGGAGGUGGAGAGGGAGGAGGCGGAGAGGGAGGCGGCGGAGAGGGAGGAGGCGGAAAGGGAGGAGAAGGAACGGCAAGAAGCGGAGCGGCAGAUGCAGCUGGAGCGAGAACGCGAACUGGAGAGGGCCCUGGAAGAGCGCAGCAGGCGUCAGCGCAGCCAAGAGGUGCGCAGCGAGGAGGAAGACGAGGGCGAGCAAGCGGACGACGAAGACGCGGCAGGGGAGGACGAGCAGCAAGGCGCGGAGCAAGAGAAACCAGAGGACGCCGAGCAGGCGGGCGACGAGGAGGUGUCGCGGCUGGUGGCGGCGGGCGACGUCGACCAGCUGGCGGCCAUGGUGCUCAGCGGCGACGGCGGCCGGCUGGCGAGGCUGCGCGCGCACCACCCCGACGUCCAGGCCUUCCUCGACAACGUGCCCGCCUACAUGGAGAAGAUCGCAGCGGUGCACGCGGCUGCGCGCGCGGGCAGCGUGCGCGAGCUGCAGGCGGCGCUGGACCGGCGGCGCUUCGCGGUGGCGCGCGACGCCGGCUGCACUGCCAGGCCGACGCCGCUGCACGCGGCCGUGCUGCUGGGACACACCGACGUCGUGCGCUACCUGGGCGCGCGCUUCCCGGAGACGCUGGCCGCCACCGACGCACGCGGCCGCACGCCGCUCCACUACGCGGCCUGCCUCGCCGACAACGGCCACUACUAUCACCUGCUGACCGCGCUCGGCGCCCGCGCAGAUGCUCUCGACCAGGACGGCCACACGCCAGAGUACUACCUCCAGCAUCCGGAUGAGCUGUCGCACCGCCAGCUGCUGCAGGACAUAGGUGCCGAUGAGAAAGUGGCCGACAACCUUGUCGAUAAAGAAAGAAGGAUAGCCUCUUCACAAGGUGAGCCAGUUUUUUGGACUGAAGAAGGGCGUUACCUGGCAGCAUCACUUGGUGAUCCACUCAUAAAGGGAUUGAAAGAAAUAGCAGACAAGAGACCACAAGAUCCUGUGACUUAUCUUGCAACAUAUCUCUUCAAUGCUGCAAACAAUCACAAGUCUAUUAGUAAUAUGCAGGAAAACGACAGGCUGAUAGCACCACCACCACCAGCAAAGGGACGUCUAGAAGCUGCUCCCAUACCAUCUGACAUGGACCCACAAGAGCCAGAUAUUGAGGAGGUGCCAGAAACACCAGAAAAAAGUGCAAUAGACAGAGAUGAACAUGGCCAGAGCAUGCUCCAUUUUGCUGCAGCAAGAGCACAUGGACGUAAUGGAUUAUUCCAGCUCCUGCAGGAGACUGGCUUGAAUGCUGGCUAUAGGGAUGAAUUGUAUCGCACAGCACGAGAUGUUGCAAUCCAGGCUAAUAUUCCUGACAAUAUUCAUGACAUUGAUAAGUGGGUCCUUCAUCUUGCUGCAAAUGGAGAGAGGGAGAAGCUUAUGGAACUUCUGCUAGAGGGUUAUGAUCAUAUACUUGAUGUCGAAAAUGAUGAUGGACUAUCAAUAAUUGAGGUAGUAGCACAAAGUGAACAGCCUGAGACAUUACAGUUUUUGCAGUCUAUAUCUGACUUUGAGGAAAGAAGAGAGGAGCUUCAUAAUGCCGUACGUCAGGGGAAUCUUUUAAGAGUUCGUGAGCUUCUUGAAGCAGAUGAUGCAGAACUUCUUGCUAUUGCAAAGAACAUAUAUGGUCGAAGCAGUCUGCAUAUAGCUGUACUGUGUCAAGAUGAAGAGAUCACACAGUUUCUGACUGAUAGAUUUCCUACAACACUGAAAACCGGAGAUAAUCUUGAAAGGACUGCAUUACACUAUGCAAUGGGUGUGGAAAAAGUUGAAGAACUAAGUACAUUCCUCAUAAGAGCAGGGGCCAGAAGAAUUGCAAAGGAUCUGAAAGGGAGACAGCCAAGCUACUACUUCAUGAAUAAAUCAGAUAUACUCAGGCUCCAAGAAGAUGAAGAUACCUUUAAAAUGUAACAUCUUUUCAUAAGGUCCUUAAAUGUACGUAAGACAUGGACUAAAAGAAUCCCAUUUAAAUGUUGUGGUUCUGUUGCUUUAUGCAGCCAGUACUGAGUAAUUUCAAAUAAAUAAUGGGCCAAGUUGUAGUUCAACAAACUAAUAAUACACAUACAUCUUGAUGUGAAAAUAUAAGUAAGAUUAUAUUUAAGAAACAGUAUUAAUCAAUUUCCAGUUGACAGUGCUACACUAUUAGCCUUCCAAAAAUAUUUUCAUUGUGACUUUCUGUAUCUGUAUUAAAAGAAAUGGAAUCAAUCA